AUGGCCGACAUCAAGACGGGCAUCUUCGCCAAGAACGUCCAGAAGCGACUCAACCGCGCGCAGGAAAAGGUCCUUCAGAAGCUUGGGAAAGCUGAUGAGACAAAAGAUGAACAGUUUGAAGAAUAUGUGCAGAACUUCAAACGGCAAGAGGCAAAGGGUACCAGACUUCAGCGAGAACUCCGAGGAUAUUUAGCAGCUAUCAAAGGCAUGCAAGAGGCUUCCAUGAAGCUCACCGAGUCGCUGCAUGAAGUCUAUGAGCCCGACUGGUACGGGCGCGAAGACGUGAAAAUGAUUGGCGAGAAAUGUGAUGGGCUGUGGGAAGACUUCCAUCAAAAACUAGUGGAUGGGUCCUUGCUGACACUGGACACCUAUCUGGGCCAAUUUCCUGACAUAAAGAACCGCAUCGCCAAGCGCAGCAGGAAGCUGGUGGAUUAUGACUGUGCCCGCCACCACCUGGAAGCUUUGCAGAGCUCCAAGAGGAAGGAUGAGAGUCGCAUCUCUAAGGCAGAAGAGGAAUUUCAGAAAGCACAGAAAGUGUUUGAAGAGUUUAACGUUGACUUACAAGAAGAAUUACCAUCGUUAUGGUCAAGACGAGUUGGAUUUUAUGUCAAUACUUUCAAAAACGUCUCUAGCCUAGAGGCCAAGUUUCAUAAGGAAAUUGCAGUGCUUUGCCACAAACUAUAUGAAGUGAUGACGAAAUUGGGUGACCAGCACGCUGACAAGGCCUUCACCAUUCAAGGAGCUCCCAGCGACUCGGGUCCUCUGCGUAUUGCAAAGACGCCAUCGCCGCCCGAGGAGCCUUCACCCAUCCCGAGCCCGACAGCUAGUCCCAAUCACACGCUGGCACCUGCAUCUCCUGCACCAGCCCGGCCUCGGUCACCCUCGCAGACAAGGAAAGGACCUCCUGUCCCACCUCUCCCUAAAGUCACCCCAACAAAGGAGCUGCAGCAGGAGAACAUCAUCAGUUUCUUCGAGGACAACUUUGUUCCGGAAAUCAGUGUGACGACGCCUUCUCAGAAUGAAGUCCCUGAGGUGAAGAAAGAGGAGACCUUGUUGGAUCUGGACUUCGAUCCUUUCAAGCCCGACAUGCCCUCUGCGGGUUCUGCUGGAGUAACCCACUCACCGAUGUCGCAGACAUUGCCCUGGGACCUAUGGACGACAAGCACUGAUUUGGUACAGCCGGCUUCUGGAGGUUCAUUUAAUGGAUUCACCCAGCCACAGGACACUACAUUAUUCACAAUGCAGACAGACCAGAAUAUGAUCUGUAAUUUGCUCAUCCCUGCAACGGAUGCUGAUGUGACGGCCGGGACCUUGGUGCCGGCAGCGGAGGGGGCCCCCGUGGGGGAAGCAGAGACAGAGAAGGUGACUCUUCCUGCUGGAGAAGGAGCGAGUUCAGAGGACGCCAAGAUUGACACCGAAGCCACGGAGGCUGUAGAUGGUGACAGACCUCAACCGGUAGAAACAGAAGCAGCAGCAACUCAGGAGAAGGUCAUCCCUUCGGUGGUCAUAGAGCCCGCCUCCAACAAUGAAGGGGAGGGAGAACACGAAGAGGCCAUGGGUGCAGAGUUCAUGGAGGCAACUGCUGACGUGGCUCUUCCGGGCUCCACCGGCGAGACACCAGCGCUGGCCUCGGAGGAACACAAGGCGGGCAAGGCCUCCCAGCCAGCAGCCCCCUCCGCAAGCGAGGCCCUCCAGGAAGGGCCUCCCGGCUUCCUCUACAAGGUGGAAACACUGCAUGAUUUCGAGGCAGCAAAUUCUGAUGAGCUUACCUUACAAAGGGGUGACGUGGUGUUGGUGGUGCCCUCAGAUUCGGAAGCUGACCAGGAUGCAGGCUGGCUGGUAGGUGUGAAGGAAUCAGACUGGCUCCAGUACAGAGACCUCGCCACGUACAAAGGCCUCUUUCCAGAGAACUUCACACGGCGCCUGGAUUAGGACCAAAAGUAUUGUAGAAGGAGCCUGAUUACUGGGUUUUUAAACCUUUGUGAAAACCUGAAGGGUUCACUUUUGCUGUGACACUCUUAGUGAUUUACAGACCAAUGCCAGACAAAGUUUGGAAGGCUGUGUCAAUGAAGCAUGUGUGCAAACAAAUGUUUAGAGGAAAAAAAAAACAAGUAAAUUAAGGAAAAAGUCUUCACUGGUUCCCACGUUCUUGCUAACAGGUUUGUUUGUGCUUUGUCCAAGCUGUGGAGACUUGUAUACUCGACCCCCUCCCACCAGUUCUAAAGUAGCUUUCUCCAGACCAGAACCUUAAUUUCUCUGCACCAAGCGUACGGUAUUGAGUGGCUUCCCUGCAGAAGACGUGGUGAAUUGUCCUGUAAUACGAGAUUAUCUUCUUCCCCUGUGCAGGUGUGAGCACGUGCUCUCUCUCUCUCUCUCCCUUUUCACAUUUCCUGUGUUUAAAACGAAACUGCUGCAAGAGUUGUCACUGUUCUUUACCAGCACCUCUCUCUCUAUAUAUAUAUGGACACACAGUCACACGAGCUCGUCCUCAUCACUCCUGGAUCUAUGUGUAUGCACAAGGCUACGUAUACAUAGUUGUGCUCUCUCCCUUCCAUUGUAGCUUUUAGCCUCUUAUGUGUCAUUGAUACACGCGUUGCUCUUAUUCCGUCUGGCAUCACAGUUGCAGUUUUGCCUCUGGGCAAAACCAGCCAUCCCAUUGCCAAAACAGUGGACAGUAUCUGUGUUCGGAAUGGGCAUUCUUCAGGAUGCAAUGACUAACGGCACAUCGGAGCUGUUGCCCCUUUGGAGAAAGCAGAGUCUGCGGAUCUGGAUGUCCGGCCACCGUGACCGGAGGUGGGCGAGUGUGGAUCAGCGGCUGAAUUGGCUUAACUUCUGCCCCUCUGAGACUGGCUAGCUGAUGGGGCAUUUAGGUCCACCCCCAAAGAACACUAUUUCAAAAAGCUCCUGUAUAUUUCCACCUCUUUUUAUUGACGCAACUCACCUUCACAGAUCGUCCGAAAAUAAGAUAUAGAUGAUGUAUGCUGUAUCCACAAGUCAUCUGUAACGAUUCUGUUUUCAGUGCUGUGUCAUUCCAAAUAAACCUUGG